AUUGACUGAAGUGCCGAGCCGAAUUGCGGGCACGAGGACUUCGAAGCGUGUUCGGGAGCUCGCUAAUGCGACGACACGUGGGAGCUUGAAUCAUUCUACGAAUUAUCUUACACACGUGUAUCAAAAUCGGCUGAUAUCAUGCAGAACCAGCUGACAGAAGCUUUUGUUCGCUUCCACGGAUGGCUACGAAGAUUUCGGAAAACAUGUGAUCGCGCAACCGAUCAAUCUUUUCCAAUCCACGGUGCAAAAUUCACGAGUGAAGAGCAGCCUCUGGGCUCCACGCGAAUUCUUUUAAUUCUCUGAGUUGUAUAUCGAUCCAAAGCACAGGAAAAUUAGAUUCCUAGCAAGAUGGUGAAAACGAAGGACGACGAGGGUGCCUUGUUCUUCAGGGACGGUAUAGUUUACCGAGAAUGGGGAUACCGGCUGUCAAGCCUAGAGAGAUACCCCCUUGCGGAGAUGUAUUUCGAGAAAGCAAUUCAACAGGGCCAGCAAAACGAUCUUAGGACAUACGUUGGCCUCGGAAAAGUGCAACUUAAUUACGCUAGGUUCCGCAGAGCGUUGAAGACCACCGAGAAAUGUCUAAAAUUAGAUCCGACCUAUUCCCAUGUGAAGCACAUGCAGUUGCAGACGCUAUUUUACAUCGGCGACUUCGAACACAGUUUGGUACACGCCCAUCAGGGUUACCAGAAGUAUCCAACUACAUUCUUCCAGCAUGGGAUAUUGCGAGGUAAUGAAACCAUCGAGGACUGUAUCGGCUUAGAUACCGAACCUACAACACUCGAACUCCUCUCUCCGUGGAUACGAGAGCUCCAGAUAUAUCGAGAGUUGCUGAUCGAGAAACUCAAAGAGGAAGUGGACGAGCUUGCAGGCAUAGAAGAGGAACAAACAAAGUUCAAAGUGAAUUACCCUGAAGCUCGAGCGGAAGCCGAGUUCAGAAGGAUGCAGCGUAUCCUCGCGCACUUAUAUCUUGGUUGCCUGGCGCACGAUAACGAAUUUUUGCAACACCUGGCCGAACAUCCGGAAAAAUUGGAAUCUCCGAAUAAAGAGACCAGCGUGUUGCUUCAUCAAGUGAUAUCGAGAAAUUACCGGAGAGGUAUCCGUAGGCAGAACGUGUUGCGAAUGCGACGACCACUUUACGUGAUGAUGUUCGAGAGUAGACGCAUACCUCCGGGUCACAAGAAGAUAUUGGAGAAUGAGAAGAAGUUGAGGAGGAACCUUAUCGUUAUCCAGGCAGACUUCCUGUUGCAUCGCCUGCACGAAAUUAGAAUGCGAAAGGACUACAUCACCUUUUUUGGAAUGGUGGAUCGUGUGAAAGACAAGUUCGACUCGUACUCGCUGAAGAUGUUUCCUCUAAAGGAGAGGUGUCUGAACGCGCUCUACAACAUGGUCGCGUGGACCUAUAUAGACACCCGCGAUUUAUCGAAGAUACAGAGUAGACAACUUAAGAGAACAUACUUGAAACAUCAUCUGGGAAUUCGAGUUGCUGAGCUACCACGCGACAGCGACAUUGGCUGGUUAAAAGCGACCGAUAGAAAAGAAACCCUCAAGACCUACCGCAGAAGGCUAGCCAUGGCCUCGGAACCUUUGGAGCUAGCUUGGCUGUUCCACGAGUUCUCGAAAUACUUGAUCGACAUCCGUCGUUACGAUCUGGCCAGAUUCUAUGGUAAAAAGGCUCGAGACAUGGGACAGGAAGCAGGCAACGAGCAGUGGAUGUUAAAUUCUCAACACCUCUUCAUUCGGAUCGAAAUCAGUCAAAAUUACCGCAACGAAGCGAAAGAGGCGGCUCUUCUGGCACUGUCCAGUGCUAAGAAACUUGGCCUCGACUUUCUCAUCGACUUCUACAGAAACGCGAUCGAGGUGAUCGAUGACAUGGACAUGGAGAAGUUGCUGGCGUUCGACGCGAUCGCAGCGAGGCAACAGCUGAUAUUAAAUUUAAUGCCAGACGAUAUGAAAGCCGAGGUGGAUUUUCUUUGGAGGCGGAUGGACGCGGUUCCUGCGAGUCGUAGAUUGUCGGUGAUGCCUGGCUGCAAGCCCGUGGAUCGCAAGUUCAAGCUGCCCUGCAAGAGGAUGACCAUAUUGCCCAGUCCUCCGCGAGACCCCGAGAAAGAGGCCAGGAAAGCUCUACUGGCGCAAUACGAGUCCCGCAAGGACAGACCUAGCUUCGCGGACUUCGAUGAAUAUGAAUAACGUUUAGAGUCUGCAGCCUCGUAAAUGUCGAUCCUGUUUGUCCGGUUGACUGUGUCACCAGGCUCGCGAGUACGAAGCAUACCCUGGUCGGUGAACGAGAACCACAGCUUUGUCGAAGUGCUACAAGUUAUACAAGAACGGACUUAACGUCGUGUACCUUGAUGAAUAUGAAUGGCAAUGAUGAAGCGUAAAGUUACGAGUAUAGGUACUAAGUUUCGUUGAUCUCCGAUAAGAUUUUGAGGACUUUGAGAAGUUGAAACUGUUAUCCUUGACAAGUGAGAAGCGUAUACUUGUUACAAACUUUUGGACCAAGAUCGGGCCAGCCUUCUUUGCACUUGGCUGGUUUCGAACUAUAAAGCCUCGAAGAUAGAUACGAAAUUUCGAUACGUGUUUAGGAAGCGAGAGUUUAAGGAAGUCGAAGAGGCUAGAACCAUCGUCGAAUCGAUAAAUGAAAAAUGGGGAUAUUCCUGGCUGUGCGAAAGAGAGAAUGGAAAAUUUCUUUUGAUUUUUUCACAGUCGAAUCUACGAUUAAAGCUUCAGAACUUCGAAAGAGAGUGGCGUUUAGCGUUCGAGUGAAUUUUUCUCGGUUCUUUAAGGGAUAAUCUUAGACGUUCUGGCGGUGCUGCAGUGUCGAUCUUCUUGAGAAUGGUUCUUUGAAAGCGGAAUGAGUAUGACAUAGCGCCGUAUUCGCUAGUCUGUAACGUUUUAUCUCCGCCUUUAGCUUUGCUCCGGUGAAAAAGAUAGAAUUGAUGGUAGCUGGAUUUUCCGCGCAGACUCUGGAAAAUUGCGCCAGCUAAUAGGAUAAGUUCUCUCGUUGUCUGCUUGCGCUCUGUUAAAUGGAUAGUUCAAGUUCCUCUGUUGAAGUCCAUUGCGAAAAUCCGAUUUCAGAUCGAUUAACAAAAUUUGCGUUUAGUUCGCGAACCUAUACUCUGUUAAUGUAAUUGUAUAAAUUUAGCUCGCAACUGAUUCGUUGAUUUCUUUUUAUGAAACGAUUACUCUCGCUUGCAAAUUCACAAUAAUAUUCAUUCUAUUUUGUAUGUGUACGUGCAUGCGCGUAAGAGGAUUCAAAAAAUAUAAAUCGAUCUUUUAGAAAUAGCUGAAAUUAUAGUACAAUCCGGAUGAGUAAAGCUUCCCGUUUAUAUUUCCAAAUAUCGUAAAACUAUUGACAAACUUCAAAGUACCCUAAUCAUGGCAAAAUUCAGGCGAGAUU